AUGGUUCUCUCCAAAACCGCCUCCGAAUCCGACGUUUCCGUCCACUCCACCUUCGCUUCCCGCUAUGUCAGAACUUCGCUUCCCAGGCAUUAUUUUUCAUGUGGAUCUGAAGUUAAUGUUUUAGUUUUGGGGAGAGAACGCAGGUUCAAGAUGCCGGAGGAGUCGAUACCGAAGGAAGCAGCGUACCAGAUCAUAAACGAUGAGUUGAUGUUGGAUGGGAACCCGAGGUUGAACUUGGCAUCGUUUGUGACGACAUGGAUGGAACCUGAGUGUGAUAAACUCAUCAUGGCUGCCAUUAAUAAGAAUUAUGUGGACAUGGACGAGUACCCUGUUACCACUGAGCUUCAGAAUCGAUGUGUGAACAUGAUAGCUCAUCUUUUUAAUGCACCACUUGAAGAAUCUCAAGCUGCAGUUGGUGUAGGCACGGUCGGUUCAUCAGAGGCCAUAAUGUUGGCUGGAUUGGCAUUCAAAAGGAAGUGGCAAAACAGAAGGAAAGAAGAGGGAAAGCCUUAUGACAAACCCAACAUUGUCACUGGAGCCAACGUUCAGGUUUGCUGGGAGAAAUUUGCGAGGUACUUUGAAGUGGAGUUGAAGGAAGUGAAGCUGCGUGAUGGAUACUAUAUAAUGGACCCUGACAAGGCCGUGGAAUUGGUGGAUGAGAACACUAUUUGUGUUGCUGCUAUCCUUGGCUCUACACUGAAUGGAGAGUUUGAGGAUGUCAAACGCCUCAACGAUCUCCUAGUUGAAAAGAAUAAGCAAACUGGGUGGGACACUCCCAUUCAUGUUGAUGCAGCCAGUGGUGGCUUCAUUGCCCCAUUUAUAUACCCAGAGCUUGAGUGGGACUUCCGGUUACCACUAGUGAAGAGUAUCAAUGUUAGUGGACACAAGUAUGGUUUGGUGUAUGCUGGAAUUGGUUGGGUUAUCUGGAGAAGCAAGGAGGAUUUGCCUGAGGAACUCAUCUUCCAUAUCAACUAUCUUGGAGCUGAUCAACCCACCUUCACACUUAACUUCUCCAAAGGUUCCAGCCAAGUCAUUGCUCAAUACUACCAACUAAUCCGCCUUGGUUUUGAGGGCUACAGAAACGUGAUGGAAAAUUGCAGAGACAACAUGUUGGUGCUGAAAGAGGGACUCGAGAAGACAGGACGGUUUGCCAUUGUGUCCAAAGACAACGGCGUGCCUUUGGUGGCCUUCACCCUGAAAGACCACACCCACUUUGACGAGUUCCAAAUCUCCGACAUGCUGAGGCGUUUUGGGUGGAUUGUGCCAGCAUAUACCAUGCCCCCAGAUGCUCAACAUGUCACAGUGCUUCGUGUUGUCAUCAGGGAGGACUUCUCAAGGACCCUUGCAGAGCGUCUGGUGGCUGAUGUGGAAAAGGUGGUGCAUGAGCUUGAUUCUCUUCCAGCGAGGGUGAUAAGUAGCACCAGUGUGAUAGUCAACUCAGAAGAAAAUGACAGAGUGGUUAAGAAGAGUGCUCUGGAGACACAGAGAGAAAUCACUGCGGUUUGGAAAAAGUUUGUGUUGGAGAGGAAGAAGCUCAAUGACAAGAUGAAUGGUGUUUGCUAG